GGUUGAGAUCUUCUUCUUCUUCUACUUCUCUCUCUCUCUCUCUCUAUCUCUAUGGAGCUCCUCAUCGUCGUCUUCGUGAUCGCCGAAGCGAUCGUGGAGGAAGCGAUUAGGGUUUGAUCUCUCGGUCUUUGGAAGCGGGAGGAGUGGGAGACGAUCGGAGGAGGCGAAGGAGAGGUGCUCCGAUUCCCCUUUCUAUCGCGCUCUCUCCCGCUGUAUGGAUCGGGUCUCCUCCAUCUACGCUCUUAUCGAUCUCCGGAAAGGAUUGGGGUGAAUAUCCUCUCUACAAUGUUCUUUUUGCUGGAAGGCAUUGUGUGUAGCAAACGUCAUUUUACGUAAGAUAAAUAUGAAUCUAUCUGUCAACAGCGCUCCUAACAAGGAGUUAAAGUUAGAUUUACCUAGCAAAGCUACUAAAUUGAAUCCGAAUGCAGCAGAGUUUGUUCCUUCGUCUCUUAGAUCUACCCAAGGAAAUGCCAAAAGCCCAAGUGCAACCAAAUUUGAUUUUCUAGCAACUUCAAAGAAAGCAAUCGUAGAUCGAUCGGAGUCCAGUAUCUCAAAUGGUUCUGAAACAUUUCAACUCCCUGAUGACAUUACUCCAGACUUCAGAAUUAUGGUGGAAGAGUCAGAUGGAAAGGGGAAUCUUUCACUGAAAGGAUUGUCAAUACAUGAAGGCACUAAUGCAUCAAAUCACUUGCUUUCCACUGCUGACAAAGCAUUGACUUUUCUUAAUGACAAUCUCAGCUUUAGGGAUAAGAUCGGAUUUUCUCAAUCUACCUAUGGAGAAGAGCAAUUGUCAGCAUCUAUGAUGAACUGGGACGAACCAUUAAAAAAUGGUGGACUGCAUAGCAUGAAUGGAACAAAGGUGAAUCAUUAUAAUGGAGACUCUGUAGCUGAUUCUGUAAAUGACUUGAUAGGUGGAAGUUCACUUGUUGAGGACGCUGCUAUCAAUCCACUAAAGUUUUUGUCAUCAAAGUUUCCUGGUUUUCCCGUUCAGAGCAUUGCAGAUGUUUAUUACAAAAAUGGACGUGAUUUGAGAAUAACUGUAGGAGUUCUUUCCUAUUUGGAGAAUCAAGUUGGUGGCACUUUUGUUCAGAGCCCGCAAUCGAAGUCCUUUGCAUCUCCAAGCCUUGGCAUGCCGGAUUUUCCUGCACUUGCAAUGACAAAUACCCAACAUGGUCUCGCGAAGUACAGUAAAGAAGAUGUUACAUAUAAAUCUCCAAAUAUAACAAGAGGUGAUUUUAAUUUGGUUUCGUCCUUGGGAGAAUUGGCAUCUCCACGGGCUACUCAAUGGAGGUAUAAGAGAGAUGGUUCAAAUGAUAAUGGUGUCGGCUCGAGUAGAAGCUCUCAGCUUUUGGCUAGCACAUAUGGCGGUAAUGCAGCAAACCUGUACUUAGAAUCAAGGGAGGACGCCCGUGAUUUCUCACACCUUCGAAAUGCAUCUACUGAGCAGGCGAGGCAGGCGUAUUUGAUUGGCAACAAAGCAUUGGCCAAAGAACUGAAUCUGAAGGACCAGUUGUACAAUCUUCAAAUGAAAGCAACUCAUGAUAAAGCUAGAGAAGCAACUACAUGGCAAAGGAACCUGCUCUUGCCCGACCUGCACGUCUACAGCAAGAGCGUGGAGGAACCAUCGGAUCCCUUCAUCGAUCUCCGCGGCCUUCAUGCAGGCGAAGCAAUCCACGCCCUGAACCACGAGCUCAGAAACCUCAAGAGAGCCGCACGAUUAGCCCCCAGGAAGCUGGAGGUGAUGAUAUUGGUUGGAUCGGCAGCAGGGGGUCGCGCCCUCUCUGCGGCCGUGGAGCAGUGCCUCUCCGAGCACGGGCUUCACCACACACCUGUGCAACCGGGUGUUCUACGUGUGGUGAUGUAUUAACAAUCCAUCGAAGGGAUUUACGACACCAAAAAAAGAAAAAAAAAUGAAAGAAGAGGGGGAAGGAAAAUGUGGAAAAGUUAGGUAGCACACUUUGGAACUUUGGAAUAUAGUUUGUAUUUUUUGUGUAUAUUGAGGGGAGGAGGAAGAUUUAACAGGUAGUAGUCUCCUGUAUUAGUAUAUUACAUUUUGUAACAUCCCGCGGAAUUCCGCAUGCUGUUCUUUCAUAGUGGCGAUAUACAUUUUGCAGAAAUCCGCCUGCCUCUGUG